CCCCUUUAUUCAAUUACCUAUCAAGUCAUUACUCUCAAUAACCCAAACCAAAUGGCCCCCUUUCAAAAAGCCUUGUCAAACUUUACAAGACUUUCUACUUCAUAUGUCUUCAUUCUUCUUCUUCUUUCUUUCCUUCUUUCUAACCUUACUUGCCAAUAGAUUUACAUAUGUUUUCUUCUUUUUCUAAAGUAUCACUCUUUCAAAAUUGUCCAUAGUGAAUUAAGUUUCAAGAAUGAUAAGUUUCUUCACAAGGAAAGUACUUGUUUUAUGGAUGACUAUUAUAUUAAUCUCUAUUUUUGGUCAUUUUUGUCAUGGUUCAAGAAGCAAUUCACAAGUAUUCAAUACAAUAAAUAGCCAAAGAAACUCUUACAAUCAUGGCCAUUUUUGGAACUUCCUGCCAAAAAGAAUCCCAAUUCCAGCUUCUGGUCCAUCAAGAAAACAUAAUGACAUUGGUUUAAAGAGUACUUGGAGAUUACCAUGAAGAUUAUUUGAAGAAAUUAAAUAUUGGCAACUUUUUUUUUUUUGGUUAUGGGAGGGUACUACUAAUUCUUCUUCUUCUUCUUAAUUUCUUGGAUGAACACAUGUACAUUUUUUUGGGUAAUUUUAAGAACUUUUUUUUUUGUUUAUUGACUUAAGGGUAUUUUGUGUUAGGUUGAUUUAGUUCUAUGGUUUUUUUUCUUUUUUUGGUCGUGGUGACUAGAAGGGAAAUUAAAUGAAAAGGGGAGAAAAAGAAUUAAGAACAUUUUUUGGGGUUUUGUGGAUCAAAAUAUAAUUGAUCAUCAUCUAGCUUGGAGGUGAGGUGGGGUGGUGGGGGUAUUUUGGUCUUAAUUAAUUAGAGUAUGCUUUGAAAAACUGUGUAUGUAAUUUCUGUAUACAUAGAAGAGAUCCAUGAUAAUACAAGAUGAAAUGGCUUUAUUUUUAA